AUGUCUCUGCACUUUUCCCACAAGUUUGAAACGCCCGUUUAUAAGGGAACGACAUCUUUUCCCACAGGACUGUUCAUUAACGGACAGUUUGUCGACGGAUCUGCUGGCACUGCAAUUGAUGUCAUUAAUCCUUCUGAUGGCUCUAUCAUUACCAAGGUCUCCGAAGCCACCCCUAAAGACGUGGAUAUAGCCGUGGACUGCGCACAGAAGGCCUUCGACGCUACAUGGGGUCUCGAGGUUUCGGGGUCAUUUCGCGCCGACCUGAUGCACAAGCUUGCCAAUGCCAUGUUAUCUCAACCGGCCUCAUUAGGUAAAACCUAUGGUUGGGCGCAAAAAGCAGAUUUGCCACUAUCUAUCGAUGUCAUGAAGUAUUACGCCGGGUGGGCUGAUAAGAUUGCGGGCAAAGUAAUCGAAACGGACGAGGGCCGACUUACAUAUACCAGGCACGAACCUAUCGGAGUUGUUGCACGGCCAAAUCAUUCCAUGGAAUUUCCCGAUUCUCAUGAUGGUCAUGAAACUCGGACCUGUUCCCAUUAUUCAUUUCAAGGGCCGCUGGUUUCUAAGAGGCAAUUUGACCGCGUGAUGAACUUCAUCGAUAUAGGCAAGGCGCAAGGCGCUACAGUCAAUCUUGGUGGAGAACGUCAUGGCGUUAAAGGGUACUUUGUUCAACCGAUCAUAUUCACUAACACGACUCCCGAUAUGGAUAUUGUCCAGGAGGAAAUCUUCGGACCCAUCAGCUGCAUCAAGUUUGAAGACGAAGAGGAUGUUGUUCAACAAGCAAAUGAUACAUUCUACGGAUUGGCCGCAGCGGUAUUCACCAAAGACAUCACUCGCGCUCUCGAAACUGCACAUAAUCUGAAAGCUGGGACUGCUUGGGACUGCCUAUCCUCUCUGAUUUCAGUGACGAAACUGAAACGCAUAUUAGGAUUUAAACAAUCCGGAUUUGGAAGAGAAUUCAGUGAAUACGCGCUUCAAAAUUACACCAACGUCAAUGUGUUUGCACGUCGAAGGGGUGGGUCUGCAGCACCAUGCGGUGUAAAUCAUGAUGAAUUUUGGCUUUGCCUGUCUUCGACCAGAUUUGAUGGAACAACACUCAUCAAUGAAUUCCCUUCGCUAUCACGGGGUUUCAGGACCAGCGGCAUUGUUGCAGGCGGCUCUGCAUUCGGUCUCGAUGCCGAAUCCUAA